AUGAAGAAGCUCGUGGGGAUGAGUACUUGGUUGCUCCUCGUCGCUCUACUAUGUCCCGCGUCAUUCGCACAAGAGAUGCCAUUGUGUGCUACCCAAUGUCUAGAGUCUACUUUGAAGGCACAAGAUAUCUGCGCAGCUACGAAUCUCACAUGUAUAUGCACAAGUCCGACAUUUAUAGGAGGUCUCCAAGGAUGCUUGAUAUCCACCUGCACGGUGCUUGAAACAUUGGCCGCUCAGAAUGCCUCGCAUACUAGGUGCGGACAGGUCGCUCGAGACAUUACACAUAUCACGCCGAUUGUGACUGGUGUCUCAGGAGGCAUAGCUCUCCUCUCUGUCAUAUUCCGCAUCGGUCUUGCCGGCCGCAACAUUGCACUUGACGACGUCUUCGCCAUGGCUGCCAUGAUCGCCGCACUUCCAAUGGGUAUCCUCGAGUUCUUCAUGGCCGCCGACGGGUUUGGAAAAGACAUCUGGACGAUUCCGGGGGAGCAAAUCUAUCGCAUUGUUCAGUUCACUUGGCUUACCGAAAUCUUCUACUUCCCCGCCCUCGCCUUCACCAAACUGUCGUUUCUUUUCUUCCUGCUGCGCAUCUUUCCCGCCCAGGAGUUUCGACGCAUCGUGUACAUGCUCAUCGGAGCAUCUGCCGCUUGCGGAACGGCCUUCACGCUUGUUUGCCUGUUCAAUUGCACGCCCAUCUCGUAUAUCUGGGAGAGCUGGGACGGCGAGCACGAGGGAAAGUGUAUCAAUUUUCAUAUUUUUGCCUGGGUGAAUGCUGGCAUCAACAUCAUCUUGGAUGUCAUCAUCAUCGCGGCCCCGAUACCGCAAUUGUUGCGUCUUUCGCUGAGCACGAAGAAGAAGGUUUAUAUCAUCAUGAUGUUCAGCAUCGGGGCCUUUACCACCAUCGUCUCCAUAAUCCGCCUCCAGUCCCUCGUGACAUUUGCCAAUUCCACAAACCCAACAUACGACAACGUCCCCACAGCCUACUGGUCCGUCCUCGAAGCCUACGUCAGCGUAUUCUGCAUCUGCAUGCCCGCUCUCCGCCGUUUCCUCGCCGGCCUAUUCCCGCGCUGCUUCGGCUCGACGCAAGCCGAGUCCAAAUACGAACACUACGACACACCCAACACGCCCAAUCGGCUGGCAAACAGGUCAAAGCAUGCGAGAGUCAGUGCUGGGUAUGGAUUGUCGACGUUUGGAGGCACGGGCAUCACAAAGACAAUGGAGACGAGGGUGGAGAGUAAAUGCGAGGAGGAGGAUGAGAUUGAGCUGGUGAGACAGGCAGGUGCGGGGCACAUUUUGGGUGGAUCUUUGGGGAGGACGAGUGAGGGUGAUGCGGGGAGUGGGCGGAGUGGGACGCGUGCUUCUCAGGCUAUGCCACAGACGUUUUUGCAUUGA